AUGCCAAGGCACUUCAAGGCACCGAUACUAGCCGAUAGUACUCUCUGGCCCAUUCUCCCGGUCCUUUCCCCCGCCAUGUCCUCCGGCCACGACGAAAAGCAAGCCGCGUUGCCCAUUGACAUCACACCGCCUUCAAAGGACCCAGUCGUUGUCGAUCAGGACGAUGGCGUUACACGCAUCGAGGCCCUUUACCUCGUCUUCAGCAAGGGUUGGAAAAUAUGGAUGCUCUAUGGCUCACUGGGUCUCAUUGCCUUUGUCUAUGCUCUGAGUCAAAGCACUACCUACACUUACGAAAACUAUGCUGCCUCCUCUUUCUCGAGCCAUGCUUUAAUAGGAGCUAUCGGUGUCGCAACCUCCAUCAUUGGAGGCGUUUCAAAGCCUUUUAUCGCUAAAAUUUCGGACCUAUCUGGUCGACCCUCCGCCUUGGUCAUGGGUGUCUCGCUAUAUGCGCUCGGAUAUAUUAUUGUCGCUGCUUCGUCGACGAUCAGCGCGGUCGCUGCCGGCCAGGUCAUCUACACGAUGGGAAACACUGGAAUAGAUCUAGUGCUUGGAAUCAUCAUUUCUGACAUAACCUCUCUCCAAUGGCGAGGGCUUGUGCAAGGCUUAUUCUCUAUGCCCUUUGUUGUCACCGCAUUUAUUGCUGGCGAUAUUACAACCGGCAUCUCUGCUAACACAUUGAACGGCUGGCGCUGGGGGUAUGGAAUGUUCGUUAUUUUGGUUCCUGUGUGCUUGGCGCCUUCGCUCUUCAUCCUUUUCUGGGCAGAUAGAAAGGCAAAACGCAUUGGAGUUCUUUCGUUGGCUGCGUCUUCCCAUCGACAAACCGCUGAAGAAAAGAAGCAAACAUUUCUCCACCUAAUUCUAUACUACUGGCGCCUGAUGGACGGAUUCGGAUUGCUCCUGCUCGGGACAGCGUUCACACUCAUCUUGUUGCCGUUCACACUUUACACUGCUGCCCAUAAUGGAUGGAAAAAUCUUGUGGGGGGAGUGCUUCUUGUCCUCUUCUGCGCUUGGGAAUUCCGCAUAGCCGGACAUCCCAUCAUGCCUCGGCGCGUAAUGAACAAGACCUUCUUGUGCUGUGUCGCGAUCGAUUUCCUGUACUAUCUUUCAGGCUACAUCACCUUGACGUACUUCACGAGCUGGGUUUACGUGGUUAAAGACUGGAACCUCAAGAACUACACAUACUUCACUAACGUAUGUAUAGCAAUCCACAGUCUACGUCUCACCGUCGGCCUAUGCUUUUUCGCGCUUAUAGGUGGUCUGAUACAGCGUUACACUCACCGAUAUAAGUGGAUUCAACUUGCUGGUCUGUCCAUCAGAAUCAUUGGGCAAGGGCUGGUCUUUCUAGCCGCUAAUGGAAACCAGAGUGAUGCUGUCCUUAUUAUGAGCCAAAUCCUCACCUCUCUCGGUGGCGCUUUCUCUGUCAUAGGCUCCCAAGUCGCCACUCAAGCUUCUGUCCCCCAUCAAGACAUGGCCCUUGCUAUUUCGUUGUUAUCCUUGUGGACUAGUGUCGGAGGCGGUAUCGGUUCUGCGGUGGCUGCAGCCAUCUGGAACGACCAACUCCCUAAGAACCUGGUCAAGUACCUCGGUAGUUCCCUCAAUUCAACUGAGAUUGCGCAAAUCUAUGGUAGCAUCGUCGUGGCUCGCGAGGCACAACCACGCGACUUGGUCAUUCGAGCAUACAAUGACACGGCCAGAAACCUUUACCUCCCUGCCCUUAUCUUGUCGUUUUUGUCGCUGAUUGCGGGCUGUUUAACGACGAAUUUUUAUCUGGGUAAUACCCAGAAUGCUGUGGAGUCCAAGGUUGUUCGUUUGCGCACUAGCACGGAGAUUGAACAAGAACUGCGAGAGAAACAGCAGCAGGCUACGCGCACACCUGCAUAG